CCGGCCCCCAGGUAGUAAUCCGUGUGCCCAAGUGAGACUCGGGCGCCCUAUAAGUGGAGACGCUAAAGGAAACUGUUUAUAGCGGAGGGGCUGAGCUGAGCGUUGGCUUUUUGGACCAUACCAGCUCCUUAAAAUCCUGUUUCAACUUCCCACUCAUUGGGGAUUAUCGACCCUUUUCAACGGGCAUCCGAAUCUCAUGAUGUCUAAUUCACAGCCUGCCCUAGAUGUCUUUUUCUACUUCCAGAAGCAAGAGCUCAAGCUCAGCUUCAAUUCGCCCAAUCAAGCAGCCUCCUACCAAAACCGUAAUCGAGAAUCCCGCAUCUUCGCCAACGAGCCCAAUGCCGUCUACCUCCCACUAGCUCCAUCCAUGGUCUACCUGCGUGAUAGCAGCAAAGGACUUGUCAUUGGCUUCGCAAAGUCAGAGGAUGCCGAUUUGUGGUGUCGGACAUCCAUUCUGGGCCAGAAACACGGUCACUAUGAAGUGCACAUCGGCCGCGGUUGGACAGACGAGCAGCUGAACCAAGCCCUCCAGAUCCAACAUCAGCCCUACGUUCCGAAAAGUACCAGCCGACCCCAGAGUAUCCAAUCCAACAUAGAACCCACUCCGCCCUCGAGUGCAGGGUCGGACACCAACAGGAUCCCCUCGUCCAAUAGUGCUCAAGGGCUAUCGCUUCUUCCCCGGGACGAAUCUCCGUCGUCCAGUCAGUCUUCUCGGACCUCGUAUAUACCGUCUUCACUAGCUAUUGGUUCAAGCACGACUGCGCAACGGUCAAAAUCUCCUGGUCGUACUUUACCUCCUGCUUUGCUCCCUCAGGGAACGGCUACGCCUCGCUAUUCUCCUCAGGACAUACCUUUCUAACCUUCAUACUUUGCUGGUCUGUCUUGUCACGAAGCCAACAAGAUGAAGUACUUGUUUGUUUCUUCCUUACCAUCGCAUGACCUUUCCUAUCCUUCUAUUAAUCUUUUCAUCGGGUGAUAUCCAUAAAUCCGUCAAAUUUGGCAUAGCAUUUGCACGAGCUGGGGUUUUUUUUUUUUUCAAGCAUGUAACGUUUAUGUUUAGAUUGCAACUCUCCACCUAUUAUCCUUGCUAUUUUUAUCAUAGGGUCUACACAUCUCCCUACUCGGGGUGGGAAAAAAAAAAAAAAAAAA